AUGCUGGUUAACGCUCUAUUUCUAUUGGCUUCUACACAGGUUAAUCAGGAUGCGGAAUUCUUGCAGCAGUUCACUAGCAACAGUUCAACACUCCGAUGGGUCCAACGGGCUUAUAUUGCAGGCGGAUGGCUCGAUCUCAGUCAACAAACGCAACUGAAUCUGGACCCCAUUCAGCUAAUUUCAACCUGGUCUUCACUGAAAGGAAGUGCCAGGUUGAUUACAACAACCCCAUACUUUGGGGGGUUUCAUUUGGAGCUUCAACACAAUUCAUGCACGAAUAUCAACCAACGCGACCUGAUACUUCGUAUUCACCAAAACGCAGACAAUGUGCUUCACGCAAAUCUGCACUGGAGACCGGGACUUUUGAAGGCACUAUUCGUGAGUGUAUGGAUUCUUUGCUGUUUUCGGUAUACCAGUUCUAAUUUCACAACUAUUUGA